CACGAUGUCAUGUGACCACGGGGAUGAGGAAAAAAAAAAAAAAAAAGAUUUAAAAAAAGGUCUCUGCUCGUUUUUUGGUGGCGGUUGUGAGAUCAGAGAAGGCUCAGUGUAUCGGAGUUCAGCAUGGGAGGAGGAGUAAAAUGUGUUAUUACAGGCGCCAAUAUAAAAGCACUUGGGCGAACUGUGCACUCACUUUCACGAAUUGGAGAUGAGUUGUAUUUUGAGCCAUUGGAAGAUGGGCUUUGCCUGCGUUCUGUGAACCCUUCCAGAUCGGCCUAUGCUUGUUUCACUCUUGCACCCCUCUUCUUUCAUAGCUACGAAACCACAGGAGAACCUUGUCAUUGCAAGAUACACAUGAAGUCGGUGGUCAGUGUGUUUCGCUCCCUCCCAUCUCUAGAAAAGACUGUAGAGAAAUGUUUGAUCAGCCUGAGUACUACAAAAAGUCGUCUAGUGAUCCAGCUUUUGUGCAAAUACGGAGUUACAAAAACUCACAACUUAUCAUACCAGGACUGUGAGUCUCUCCAGGCCGUAUACAAUCCAGAAACCUGUCCUAAUGUACUGAGAGCACCAGCAAGACUCCUGUCUGAUGCAGUUGUGCAUUUUCCGCUGACUCUUGCUGAAGUGACCCUUAUGGCAAGUCCAUGUGGGAAAGUUACCUUGAGAAAUUACAUUGAAGAGGAAAUUGACCCCAGUAAAGCAAUGCUAACUGAGCUGACCCUGAGCAGAGAAGAAUUCCUUGUGUACCAGCUACAAAAACAUAGCGAGAUCACUUUCUGUCUCCGUGAGUUCAGGGGUCUUCUAAGUUUUGCAGAAUCCACAAGUCUACCUGUCACUAUUCAUUUUGAUUCUUCUGGUUGUCCAGCUGUUUUCAGUGUGGAAGAUACAGUUCUUGAAGUGCACUUUGUUCUUGCCACCCUGUCAGACACAGAUCGUGAAUCACAGACACAAUCUCAAAGUCAUAGACCUUUACCCACUGAUGAUGAUUUCCUGGGUGAUGACAUUGAUUAUAUGAUUGCAAUGGAAACUACUCUUGGUGGACCAUCUCCUCCUCCGCGUAGUCCGACUUUCUGCAAAAGGCCGGUUCUGAGCCCUGCACUUGAAGAGCAAGCAUCACUUAGUGACAGUGAUGAAGAGCCAGAUACAGAAAUCCCAGGAACACCCCCAAACAAGAAGUUUCGAUCAUUGUUCUUUGGAUCUGUAAUUUCAAAUGCUGGAUGUCGGUCGGAUCAAGAAGUUCUGGCUGAAGACAGUGAUGGAUAAUCUUGAUCUGGAAUGGUAUUAAGUUUGAUGAGAGGCACUGUACAUUUAUGGACAAAGCCAAGAUACUGUCUUUUUUUGUUUGUAAUUUUGAUGACUGCUUCAGCAACCGAUUAAAGGAGCACAGAUCUAGUUAAAAUUAUUGGAACGUCUUUAACCACUUCAACUAAGGAGACUUUUUCAACAUAAUGUUACAUCUUUUUUUUUUUUUACAAAAAUGUUAUUCACAGGUAAUAUAAAAAGAAGUUUACUUAUUUUUUUCCUAAAGAACCAGAUUGGUAGAGACUUGAUCAGUGAUCAUGCCACUCUAAAUUGCUCCAAUAACUUUAGUUCUUAUAAAAAUCCCAACAAUUUCACAUUUUCCCUUUUGCAGUUCAUGGAACACGUCUCAAGAUAAUAAAUUUAGAUUUUUUUUUCUUAUGAGCAUUAAGCCAAGAUAUACAGUACAUUAUACUGGAUAUUAUUUGUAAUCAGCUAUAUAGCUUUGUUUUUGUAUAAUUUACUAUGAAAGAAAUAAUGUAUAAUAGCUUACAUUACAACUCUUAUAUGAAUCAUGUUCCCUCUGCUAUAAAUAUAUGGGACAUUCUAGUGUAAAAUAAAAUCUUCUAUUUUGUAUUUA